GUAAAGUAAGUUUAUUAAGUUUCUAAAUAUCUACAACGGCUCAUUUUGUUUCUAGUCUCCUAACAUUUUCCAGUGUCGUUUUUUUCUUCAAAUUUCUAACUCCACAAAUUAGGUACUUCCAUUUUUAUUUUUUAGGAUAGCAUCCAAACGAUCCAACCUAAGAAUAGCUAAAUUCAAAACUUUUUAAUAAUUUCCCGUGAAUGACUCCUUUUGUUCCAUCCUCAAAAAUUGAUUCUAGCUAAAAAUGGCGAAUAUAGCCUUAAAAGUUUGGGGAAGGGGCUAGUAGGGGGUCAGCUUUAAGUCAGAGGGCCCAAAGCUAUCUUUUCCUUUGUGUGUGGUUUAGUAGAAUGUAAAGUUGCCUAUAAGUUCAUUAUAUGAAUGUAUGUUUUUAGAUAUUUGUAUCGGAUAAUCGGAGCCUUCUAACAAAGAUAUUACUUUCUUUGGAGUAUAUCAAUGGAGCUUGGUGUGGGGCCUACCCAGGGGCAUCGCGACCGAGGGGUGUAGGGGUGUCACACCCCCCCAAUAGUAUCUCAAUAGGAAAUUUCAGGUAAAACCCGCUUGGUGGAAGAAGCGGUUUAGGUAUUUUAGAGACCUUCAUGUCACAAAAUCAAUAGCGGAUCAAGCAAAGGUAGUUGCUCCGUUGGUUAAAUAUGAUAUUCCUUGGUAUGAAUUAAGGUAAACAAACUAAUGAUUUGAAGAUUUGAAGAUUUCUUGUUGGCCCUAGAUCGAAAAAUCCAGGCCCUCUUUAGGUAAAAUUGUGUCGUAGAAGCGUCAACUGCAAUUCACUAUGAGCUCCAAAUUUUUUUAACAUUCAAAAGGCAUGCUAAGAAGGAAGGAGGGAUCUAAAUUGACAACCAUGUUGCUUGUUACCUAGCUUCAGAAGUAACUGACAACAUGGUAUUUCUCAAGACCACGGCGAAAUUGUACCAGUUGUGUUAAUCUGCUGUUCAAUUUGUUUGUAAAAAAAUUAUUUUCAAUAAGAUUAGGAGGAUUGCUUAAGUGAAAUGUGCUUGAAAGAGUGCAUUUGCCAGAAAAAUAGAAGCAUCAAAAUUUUGAAAAUUUCCUGCUCCUUCGGCGGCAACCAUGGUGCCGCCUCGGGUAGUAACUAUAUCCUUUGUCUGUUCUGAUAUAGAGAUUUGGCAAAACUACUAGGAAAAUUCCGUUAUUAUCAAAUUAAAAAGAAAGUUGCGAAUUAUAUACAGAGCUAGAUUGGCAAAAUGCAUUGCAGAGGUUUGUGCACAGCCAAUAAAGAAUUCAGGCAAAAAUUUUUAAAUCAGUUGAAUUGACGCCCCUGGACCUACCCAGUGUACCCCAUACCAGGUGUAGUAUCUUGAGAUACUGUUUAGCAAAAAAGAGAAUCAAAUUUAGUUUAAACUUGCAGUAAAGUCUUAAUGUAGUUUGAUGCGAUGGUUAUCUUGCCUAGAGUCAAACUCAUCAACAAACAUUUCUAGGUGGACUGAAAUGAAGCAGGUCAUUUUUGAAAACCUUUUUUCAAAAGAAGCAUCACCUGCUUGCCAGACAACAUUUACUGUUUCAGCAAUAACCUCUUUAACCUAUGUCCAUAGCAGUGUACUAUUUUUUGUGAGAACCAAUAAAUUUAAGUUCAGGCUGACUAUUUUUUGGAAAACCAGAGGCUGGAUUGUCGUUAAUUUGUGCUCAAAUUAAUAGGGUGUAAGCAGUGUAAUUUUUAGCUUUUUCACUCAAGAGAAGUGUUCAGGCCUCAUUGGCCAACAAAGUGAGUGGGACAACCUUCAUUUACUGAAAAGUUUGAUUAUUCACCAAAAAGCAAUGUUUCAUAUUACAUUAAUAUUACGAUAUUUCAAGGUUGGCCACGCGAAUAACAAGGAUGAGUUAUGAAUCUGUUCUUUACCCGGUAGAUUCGGCAUUUUUUAUGGUUACUCUCCAUGCUCAGUAAUGGAAAAAAGUGAAAAAUCAAUGAUAGUCGAUGGUAUUUCUGAUUCUUUUCAUUUCGAUUUGAUCCUCUACGCACCUCGACAAGUUAAACUUUUAACGAUUCAUUGGCAGACUCAAACAAGUGAGAACCAAAAAUGAAAUCAUAUGGACAGCAAAGGUUAUUGGCUGUUCCCUUGGAGCUUUCAGAAUGUACUCUUUCUUUUUCUCUAUGAAUGUUUGUCUUUAUACUGUCAGGAGCAUUUUUUUUUCUUUCUUUUCUGAUCCAAAGCGACACACUUUUCUUUUUCUCGCCCCUGCUAGUUUCAGGGAGAGCAGAGGCUUAAGGCUAGUCCUUCAUAGCAUUCAGAGUGUACUCUAUCUUUCAAUGUAUGAAUGUUUAUCUUUAUAUGUCAAGGAGCUUUCUAAUUACCUCAAUUUUUCUGGUACAAAGCGAAACUCUUUUGCACGUUUCGCCCCUGCUAGUUUCGUCGACUUUCUUUAAAAUUAUAUGGAGAGCAGAGGCUUAAGGAUAGCCCUUCAAAGCAUUCAGAAUGUACUCUAUCUUUUAAUGUAUGACUGUUUUUGGUGGUUUCAGUUCAUUUCAGAUGAUUUCAGGUGCCAAGAAAUUUGCGCAUGCUCAUAGCGGAAUUUCAAACGUCUUUUUUGCGUUUCUGUGAGGACGGUUAUAUUUUUGAAAACGCUCAUGUUGUUGAUGCAUAUUCAUUUGAAUUUUCAAACGGAUAACAAUAAUUCCGUUCUUAAAAAUAUCCGAAACCGUGUGGCAGUGGGUCUAACGGCAAGUGAUGGGUAAUUCCUUACGUAGGGUCGAUAAAUUGAAAGUAAGAAUGUUACCGACAAUAAUUGCACCGAAAUGUCCAGUGCUCGUGGAUCAAAGGAUUCAGAUUAAAGUGAAAAAUUUGAUCCCAUUUCAAAGUGUAACCUUGCGAGUUGAGCUCAGUUCUGACAAAUCGGAGCUUUUUGAAUCAUAUGGACACUACAUCGCAGACAGAGAUGGCGAGCUGAAUUUGUCACGAGAUUCUUCUUUUGGAGGUACCUACAAAGGCAUUGACAACAUGGGUUUAUUUUGGAGCAUGUUAGCAGUACCAGGCCAACGAAAAGGGGCCAGGUUUAUUGCAGGAGAUGUCACUAAACCGAUGGAAUUUAGGGUUUUCUUGUUUGACAGGCACGUUAUGUCUCAAGGGAAUGCAGGUAGCCCGAAGCAAGCGGUGGAAAAGCUUCCUGAGCCUCUAGCAAAAACGAAAAUUUUACGAACAUAUCUGGCUGAUCAUGUGGAACGCAAGGAGAUAAGUGUUGGCCGCAUAAGGGGGACAUUGUUUGCUCCUAAAGGACGCAGAAAAUUACCAGGUGUCAUUGACAUGUUUGGUGGUCAUGGAGGUCUGAUUGAGUCUAGGGCAGCCAUUUUGGCAUCUCAUGGAUUUGUCACGUUUGCAUUGGCCUAUUUUGGAUACAAAGAUCUGCCUAAAACCCUGAACAACAUUGAUUUGGAGUAUUUCAUCGAGGCUGUUAAAUGGUUUGCAAGUCAUGAAAGGGUUUAUUCAUCUGGCAUUGGAUAUAUAGGUUUUUCAGCUGGCGGUCAGAUUGCUUUGAAUGUUGGUGCAGAAUGUUCUCUGGUGAGGGCCGUUGUUGGUAUUUCUACGGCUGACAUUUUGAUAAUUCCACUUAAAUACAAGGGUGAAGUAAGAGGCUUAAAUGGAGGAUUCAAACCGGAACAUGCCCAUAUAAAUGAAAAGAAUGAAGUUGUUUCUAUAGACGUUGACAAACUGGACCCUGUUGAAUUUCGAAACUGCAAGAAUCCAAUUGAAAAAGUCGAAGGGAAGAUCAUGCUGGUCAUAGGAGAUGAUGACAUGUGUCCUAAUUUGUCUGAUGGUGCAAGGAGAAUGCAGAGGAGGCUAAAUGAACAUGGCAGAGAGUCUGCAACUAUUCUUCGUUAUCCAGGCACCGGGCACUUAAUCGAAGUUCCUUUUAUGCCAAUGUGUCGCAUUUCCUACUACCCAUAUGAUAAAGUUUAUAUGUUAUGGGGAGGGAAUGUAAUCGAGCAUUUUGCGGCACAGGAGCAUGCAUGGAAAGCUAUAAAAAGAUUUCUCUUGGAAAAUGUAUGAGAUUCAUCUUCUGAAUUACAAACGUAUCAAUAAAACAGGAAUUUUACAACUUGGGAAAGAAAAAUUUAAUUACCUACAGUUACUAGCUUCAAGAAAGAAAUCUUAAAGAAAACAAAUGAUCGCAUCAAUCAUAUUCAUUUUCAUAUAAAGACCAAGGUUUUCCAGAUGAAGACUAGUGUUUUUCAGAUAAAGCUAGGGCUUUUCAAAUAAAGGCUAGGUAUUUUCAGAUUAAGACCAUGUAUUGUUCAUUGUUAAUAUAAGCGCUAUCCACAAGUUACUCAAAAUUUCAUGAAAAGUUGCCUGUAGAAUAUAAAGAAGUUGCUUAAAAGUUGCCUGUUUUUUGAAUAAACUCUUGCUUAUUCUCGAUUACUUUAAAGCUAUUUAUAGAAUUGAUUUUCAAAAAAAGCAAACAAAUUGAUUAAAGUAUAAUAUUAUUGAGACAUAAUAUUUAAAUAUGUUAGAAUGCAUCAACAUCAGACUCGUACAAAAUUUAUUCAUUCAAAAACAAACUGUGUCAUAUGCAUACAACUGCUUAACAUUACAGAUGCCUCCACUGCUUCCUCCAAAACAGCUUGCUGUUCAUUUAAAAUGCGCUUUUCAUGCCCCUGAAAAGCUUUCUCAGCUGGUGUAGAAUUUGAUCGUACAACCCAUACCUUCUUUCCUGCGCUUUUCCAUCUAUCAAGAGUGCUUGCAUUGCAUCACUCUCCCACCAUCUCAACUUUUCAUCCUCAGCUUGAGUUCAUGUACCCUGGGCCGUAGCUACAAUCUUGACAAAAAAUAGCUGAGACUUGUUAUCGAAAAGUGAAGUCAAAUGUCUUAUCUUUAUAUAACAUGCCACACCCCCUUCCCUCCGACGUCAAUACGGACAAUAACUGGGGAUGAACGCGGGCUAAACUACUCUGACUAAUAACAACAUUGAUGCGG